GUCGCACGAUUCGAUCUUGUUGCAAUUCGCAAGAGCGUCAGUACGUUUUGCGGUGUUAUUGUUGGACUUUGCACCGAAACCGUCGCAGUAAGCCGGCACUAGAACUUGUGUGCAGAAGGCUCAAGGAGUGACCACCACCAGAGUCCAAAAUGUAACUUAGAUCCUUUCUGAAAACAUUCCGCAAGUAAUUACUGCCGGAGUUCCAGUCUCCUCGGUUUAUGUAGUUUAAGUAUGACAAUACGAUGGCUGUUCUGAACAUUUCAGGAGAUGCUUAUCUGAACGUGACCACGCUCUUGGUGGCUGUAGGAACCCUGGUUGCCUACGCACUCUACAGAAGCACCAGGCGGCCCGCAGGUUUCCCGCCCGGGCCAGCUGCACUGCCGCUUGUCGGAAACAUUACCCAAUUCUUUUCCAUGUUGGAAUCAGCGGCAGAAUUCAAGAAGAAGUAUGGGCCAAUUGUCUCCCUCAAGAUGGGCACCAGCAACGUGGUCUUGCUGAACAACAUUGAGGUUGUCAAGGAGGCUCUGAUUAAAAAGGGACUGGAUUUUGUCGGGCGACCGAGCAUUCACUCAGUCAGCUUGAUUACGGAAGGAUAUAAAGACAUCGCUUUCACAGACUACGGGCCUCAGUGGAGAUAUCAACGCAAACUCGGCCACACUGCAAUCAGACAUUUUGCCCAGAAAGAGCACUUGGAGAAGCUUGUAUUCACCGUCAUUCCUGGUAUCGCCAAAAUCCUGGAUGAUCUUGGAGACAAAUCCUUCGCUCCAAAAUGGACAGUAGGCCAGAUUGUUUUCAACAUCCUGUCUACGUUGUGCUUUGCAAAGCAAUACGAGUUCAACCAGCCAGAGUUGAUGGAAUGGAUAAGCAUCAAUCAGGAGCUAUCUGGAGUUGCUAGUACUGGUCUGCCGUCGGAUAUAUUGCCAAUCUUCCGUUAUCUGCCAACCCCAAAAGACAGGAAAUUUGGUCGUGUGUUGAAGCAGUACCAUGCAAUGUAUUAUAAAGAGCUCCAGAAACACCGAGAAAGUUUCGAUACAGAGAACAUCCAUGACUUCUUUGACUCCUUGCUGCUGACCCAGAAGGAGAACAUUGAAGCCGGAGAGGAGGGAGCCGACCGUCUGACAGACACCCACCUGGUCCAGACGGUGGCAGACAUUUUUGGAGCGGGAACGGAAACUACCAUCCUCACCCUCCACUGGGCUGUGCUUCUGAUGGCAGAGCAUCCUGACAUCCAGGAGAAGGUUGCCAUGGAAAUUGACGAGGUCAUAGGUCGUAACAGAAUGCCAUCUUUGGAUGACAGGGGCUCAGUGCCCUUCACAGAGGCCACCAUCUGGGAGAUUUUCCGGUUCGGGUCGGCAGUUCCUUUUGGGGUUCCUCACACGGCGAUGACAGACUCCAAACUUCAUGGUUACCGGAUCACCAAAGGAACGUUGGUGAUGAUCAACCAUUUUGCCCUGCACUAUGAUCCUGAUGUGUGGACAGAGCCGAAGAAGUUUAAACCAGAGCGAUUCCUGAAUGACAAUGGCCAACUCCCUGCCAAGCCUCCAGAGAACCUUUUGCCCUUUGGCUGCGGACGUCGCGUCUGCCUCGGCGAGGACUUCGCUAAGAAGGAAAUCUUCUUGCUCUUCACCUGGCUCUGCAGCCGGUAUACCUUCUACAAAGUACCAGGCAACAUGAGCGAGUCCCUGCUGAAGCUGAACCGUGCUUUGGGCUUUGCACACCAACCCCUGGAUGACGCAGAAGUCUGCGUGAAGAAGCGCUUCUAGCAGUCUGAAUAGAAGUUUCGUAUGGUUGCCAUCUUGCAGACCAGUACGUUUGUUUCAUAGGGUAAGAGGUUUCCCUGUACAACAAAAGAACUGCCCUGCAAGAUGGCUACCAUGCAAAUGCUCUGUAGUGGAAUUGACUGGAGUCUACGCUCGAGAGCAUGAGACUCUCAUAUAUUUCAUGCUAUUCUAACGUACCUCUCAUAGCUCACACCCAUAUGGGAUUUCUCACACGUAACAACUGAAUAUACUAGUGAGGUGCCGAAAGAAAAUUGUAGUCAAAAUAGGUCUCCAUGGUACCUUCGUUUCCUAUGGGUGGCUAAUGGUUGCAGCCUUGGUUUUUGCUCAGUUUUACUGUGAAAAAUAUCCAUCCACCUCAUCACUGUGAGGAGGGUCAAAGUUUCAUUCAGUACUAAACAGUAGAGUUGAUUUGGUGUUUGGGGAGGCAGCAAUGAGUGUUAUCAAAAGCACCUUGAAUCAUUCUUUUACUUCCGGACUGACCAACAGGCUAGUCGUAGUUCUCCCUGUCAACGGUAGGCAAAAUAUGAGCGUACGCGGCCUAAAAAAGAGCUGACAGACCCUGGUCAGAAUAGGCAAACAGCUACAUUCUGCAUAUACGCUUGCUGCUUUUGAAGAAAAUGGACUGGGUGCACAAAUGAAUGGCUUGUGCCUGUGACAGUUUUAGACCGAAAUAGAACGUUAUCGGUCGUCCAUAUGACACUUGCUGUUCAAAUUUGGACCUGACUUACCUUGGUAAUCCUCAGAGUUCAAAGGUACUUCAUGUUGGUCCAUUCAUAAGGAAGAAAGAAAUCCGCAAAUUAAAGCUGCAAAUGUAUUUUAAUUGGAGUAGCAUUACCAUGACUUUCUGAUGUUUAAUCACACACGUUGCUCCUUUGCUAUAGAAACAAAUUGGUAAGUAGUGGACCUGAUUUUUUUCUCUGAAAUAAAAGCAAUAUUUUCCAAAUUAAAACCAGGGUCAGUGUUCAACAAUCCAAUACUGAAAUAUCUGUAAUACAUGUGUGUACAUUUUGAAAGAAAAAAUCUAUUUUUUAGUCUAUGUCAUUUCUAGCAAGUAAUAUAAUUAAUUGAGAGUAGUCAUGAUGUUGCCAAAAGUAAUGAGUUAAUAAACUUCAGUGGUUAGAUGAUCGAA